ACAGAAGCUGUACUCGGAGCAGCUCCCCAACACCAGCAUCAUCAUCCCGUUCCACAACGAGGGCUGGUCGUCUCUGCUGAGGACCGUGCACAGUGUGCUGAACCGCUCCCCCCCCGAGCUCACGCCGAGGUCAUCCUGGUGGACGACUUCAGCGAUAAAGAGCACCUGAAGGCGUCUCUCGAAGAGUACAUGGUGCGCAUGCCCAAGGUCCGCAUCCUGAGGACCAGGAAGAGGGAGGGGCUUAUCAGGACACGCCUCCUGGGGGCGGGAGCAGCCAAGGGGGAGGUCAUCACCUUCCUGGACUCCCACUGUGAGGCCAACGUCAACUGGCUGCCCCCUCUACUGGACCGCAUCGCCCAGAACAGGAAGUCCAUCGUGUGUCCCAUGAUCGACGUCAUCGACCACGACAACUUUGGCUACGAGACGCAGGCGGGCGACGCCAUGCGGGGGGCGUUCGACUGGGAGAUGUACUACAAGCGCAUCCCCAUCCCCUCCCAGCUGCAGAACCAGGACUCCAGCGAGCCCUUCGAGUCUCCUGUGAUGGCUGGAGGGCUAUUUGCCGUGGACAGGAAGUGGUUUUGGGAGCUGGGAGGAUAUGACACGGGCCUGGAGAUCUGGGGUGGGGAGCAGUACGAGAUCUCCUUCAAGGUGUGGAUGUGUGGUGGUCGUAUGGAGGACAUCCCCUGCUCCAGGGUAGGACACAUCUACAGGAAGUACGUCCCCUACAAGGUCCCAGGAGGAGUCAGCCUGGCCAGGAACCUAAAGCGCGUGGCGGAGGUGUGGAUGGAUGAGUAUGCGGAGUACAUCUACCAGCGGCGCCCGGAGUACCGGCACCUGUCGGCGGGCGACAUGAGUGUGCAGAAGGAGCUCAGGAGCCGGCUGGGCUGCAAGAGCUUCCGCUGGUUCAUGACCCAGGUGGCCUGGGACCUGCCCAAACACUACCCCCCUGUGGAGCCUCCUGCCGCGGCCUGGGGAGAGCUGCGUAACGCGGCCAGCAGCAUGUGUCUGGAGAGUAAGCACUUUGCGUCGGGAACGCCCCUACGCCUAGAGAGCUGUCUGAAGGGGCGGGGAGAGAUGGGGUGGAGCCACGGCCAGGUGUUUACAUUCGGCUGGAGGGAAGACAUCAGGGUGGGGGACCCUAUGCACACUAAGAAGGUGUGCUUCGACGCCGUGUCCCACAACAGCCCCGUCACGCUGUACGACUGCCAUGGCAUGAGGGGCAACCAGCUGUGGCGCUACCGCAAGGACAAGACUAUCUACCACCCCAUCAGUAACAGCUGCAUAGACAGCAGCCCGUCAGAGAGGAGGGUGUUCAUGAGCCUCUGUGACCCUGCGUCGCCCAGCCAGCAGUGGCUGUUCGAGAGGACCAAUGCCACCGUGCUGCAGCAGCCACAACGCCAACUGAGGCCACCGGGGGGCAGGAGCGAGCCCAGAGACUCGCACACCGUCACUGCUGUGGGGAGGGGAGGGCGGUUGCGAAGGUUUUUUUUUGAGCUGGGGAAGGGAGGGAGGGAGGAUGGGCGGGGGGGGGGGGGGGGGGAGGGGUGAGCGUUAGCAAGCCAGUCUAGAAGGUUCUGUGAGAAGGAGAUUGAGGAGAUGCCUCAGGGAGCGGGACUGUGUUUGAGUGACAGGUGUCUGUGGAGAGGUGACUCCCCCCCCCCCACCCCCAGGACCUCCGUCUCCCCUCUCCUCCCCCCUCUCCUCUCCCC